GAAAAUUCUUCAUUGCAUGUGAUUCUUCGAAUUCUUUCACGAAUGAUUGUAUUUUUUCAUCAUAAUUUCAUAUAUUUUCAUAUAAUUAAUUAAUUAUGGCAAGUAAUUCAUUAAAAAUUUUAAUUGCCGGAAGCGUCAAAGGUCAAUAUGAAAAACUUUUCAAACGUGUUGCAGAUGUAAAUCGAAAAGCCGGACCAUUCGAUUUAUUACUUUGUGUUGGUGAUUUUUUCGGCACUGAUAUCGUUGCUUAUAAUGAAUUGAUAAAUGGUUCAACAGAAUUGCCAAAUGUACCUACCUAUAUUCUUAGUCGUAUUCCUCAUCAACAAAUGCUACAAUUUCAUCCGAAUUUAAAUGAAUUUGAUCAAGGAUGUGAAUUAAUCGAUGGUGUUACAUUCUUAGGUCGUGCUGGUGUACUAACAACAAGUCUUGGUCUUCGAAUUGCCUAUUUGAACGGACGAUAUCGUAAAUCAUCGACCAAUAAUAAUAAUGAUGAUGAUGAUGAUAAAGAUCUUGAUUAUUUCACUGACAAAGAAUAUGAAUCAUUGAUGAUGUCAUGUCAAAGUUCAUCCGAUGUAAUUGAUAUAUUAUUGACAAUUGAAUGGCCUAAAAAUGUUUUCAAUCAUACUGGCGUCGAUGUUGAUGAUUCUAUCAUGGCCAUGAUCGAUGAUUCUAGUUCAUUGAAAAUUUCUCAACUUUGUAAUUCUUUAAGACCUCGUUAUCAUUUUGUUGGUGGUCUAGUUGAUUGGCAUUUUGAACGUGUACCAUAUCGUAAUCAUAAAGUAUUAAUUGAUACAGCUCGUAAUGUUACAAGAUUAUUAUCGAUGGCAAAUGUUAAUAAUGUUAAAAAAAUGAAAUGGAUUUAUGCUUUUAAUAUGGUGCCUAGUCGUUAUCUAACAGCGCAAGAAAUUGCCUCACAACCAGCUGGUGUUACUGAAAAUCCUUAUCGUAACGCUUUGCAAGAACAACGUGAACAAGAUACAAUCGAACAAGAUCAUUCAAAUCAAUUCCGUUAUGAUCUUAGCCAAAACCGUAGUAAUAAUGACAAUAAUGGCAGAAAAUUCAAUGAUAAACGUAAACGUUCUGAUAAUCAUCCUCAUCAUCGCCAAGAAGAUCAUCGACAUCGGCAACAAAAAGAACGGAAAACAAAUGAUGUGAUUGAACAACAAAAUUGUUGGUUUUGUUUAGCCAGUCCAGAUGUGGAUAAAUCAUUAAUCGUAUCGAUUGGUGAUCAUUCUUAUCUAGCAUUGGCUAAAGGUGGCCUGACCGAUGAUCAUAUGAUGAUAUUACCAAUAGAACAUAUACGAUCAACGGUUGAAAUCAAAAAUAAUGAUCUACGUGAAGAAAUUGAAAAAUUUAAACAAUCUUUAAAGCAAUUUUAUCAACAAAAAUCAAUGAUUCCAAUAUUUUUUGAAAGAAAUUUUAAAAGUGCACAUUUUCAAAUACAAGUAUUGGGAUUACCUCAGACAAAAAUAUCAUCAUUACGGCAAGCCGUGGAUGAAGUAUUUGAAAAAUUUGAAUGUCAUGAAAUAUUGUUAAAAGAUGAACUUGAUGAUAUGAUCACAGAAAAUGUACCAUAUUUUUAUUUCGAAUGUCCAGAUCAUUAUAAAUUCGUUGUACGUAUACAAGUGAAACGAGAAUUUUUUCCUAUACAAAUCGGCCGACAAUUGAUGGCUCAUAAAUUAUUAUUGAAUUGUCCUGAACGUAUUGAUUGGAAAUAUUGUGCACGAAAUGUUACAAAAUCAGCAACUGAACUAGCACAUACUAUACGAGAAAGUUUUCGUCCAUUUGAUUUCACAUUAUAAAUUUCUUUUUUUUUUGCUUCCAAGAAUAACAAUCUACGUAACGACGAUAUAAAAACUUGAUUCACAAUCGUUUCGCCAUCAACAACUAGCCAUCGUUUUCGAAAUCAUCUGUAACAACAACAA